ACCUUGGACAGACGUCAGGAAUGCGCGGGUUAUUUACAAAUGGCCACAAUCGCCAUUGUUUUGCUAACGUUAGCCGUUGUCCAAAUUUAAGUAGCAUGGAAAAGGCCACACUUUUUCACGCUUUCCUGUAUUUAUUGCCAAACUUGGCUUUUGCGUUGUAAGCCAAAAUACGUUGGAUAGACACAGAAACUACGUAGAUCGGUUUGAAAACUAAUGUUACCCGGACUUUAAGGUAGCUACAGACUGAGAGACGCGGGUGUUACGGUACGACCUUUUUUUAAAAUACGAAAUGGAGACAAAGUAUCCCACCAUGAGAAGGCCCAAGAGGAAACUCUGCUAUAUUACAGACAAGGAAAAAGAAUCAAAGCAAUGGGAAAUGCCUUUGACAGUGGUGGAUGUUGACAAGCUAUUUGAUGACAUUGAUUCAUGCUGGACUGAUCUUCAGCCUCCGGCUGCCUUGCUCGAGAGUUCUGAUACUGAGGCAAAUCAGAGCGAAGCACAUAGCUCCAAAGAAGACGACAAAAGUCUUUCCCCAAGACCAGCAAGUUCUAAACUGGACAUUGAUUUGAACUUUCAGUCUGAAACGCAUGGGCCAAUAAAGACCUCCAGCCCCAUUGAACGAGAUAUGGGUGUAGAAAAGGAUGACAAAGAUGAAGAGAUAACUGCAUCCCCAGUUCUCUUUAACUGUGAAGAUGAGGUGGCAGAGGAACCUCACAAAGUACCCCCACAAGAGAUGCCCAAGAAAAAGGAAAUGGGAAUGAAAAAGGGGCAGGGAAAUACUCAGCUGCGUGAUCCAGCAGUGAGUCAAAGGUCUGCAUCGGGUGUUUCUGUGAACACACAGCGAGCUGGUGAGAUACCCUCACAGGUUGCGAGGGACAAGACUGCUUUUCUGGAAAAGUUUAAAGUCGAUACACAGUCAAGUAAAAAAAGUGUGAAAAAAGCUCAGGUGGUAGCUCCGCCUCCUCCUGAUCCAGAGGACGACUUUCUGAUUCUGGAAGAGGAUGCUCCUUGUUGGUUUUCCAUCCCAAGUAGAAGUGUCUCAAAAAGAAAACAAAGGCAAAGCUUGACGACCAGUUCUGCUAAUUUAAGCUCAACAGACAAGGGGACGGUGGAAAUCCCAUCAGAGAUUCCACAAGAAAAACGGGAGCUGGAGAAGAAGAGCGACCAACUGGAAAGCCUGGCUGUUGAUCAAAAAAACAAGAAGAAGAAAGGAAAAGAGAAGACACAGAAAUUGACUAAGAACGGAAAAAUAAACGAUGAUUUGGCCAAUUAUCAGGAUUUUCCUGCAGAUGACUUGGAACAACAAGAAAAAGAGAAAAAUCUGCAAAGAGUUGCAUCAAAAAAGCGUCUCAACACUGAAGUUCAGUCUAAAGACAAAGCCAAUGAGGAAUCGGACAAUGAAAAACCCUCAGAGAAAAUGCAAACCACAGGAAAAAAGUCCUCUGACAAAAAGAGCGCGAAAGAUGGUAAAAAAACCACCAAGAAAAGCAUUGAAAAAACGGCAAAGGAGGCCAGUAAGCAAACCCAGGGAGGUUUGCUUGAGAAGGAUGUAGCAGAUGUUGGUUCCAGAACGAAUAAAAUGCAGAAGGAAAGCAGCAAGGAACCCACAGAAGACCUCAAUUUACUUACAGAUAAAGAAAUUGUAGAAUCAAAGGAAAAUAAGAAAAACAAAAAAAUGCAGCUCCCAGUUGAGUCUGGAGGAAGUUCAUCUGAAGACACUCAGAGGACUGAAAGAAGGAAAAGAAAGCCGGUUGGACAGUGGUGGUUAGGAUCAGAGAGAUCCGAGGAAAACCCAAACCAGCAGCCGAAACUGAAAAAGUUAAAGGAUAUUAAAAAGCCAAGUACAGCGUUAUGUUCCCCCGCGGAGGCCCAGAAACACCCUGUGGGACAUUUCAGUAAACAAAAAAAAGAGAAAAAACCAAAACGAACCAAAAAGACACAAAAUGCAGAAGAGGUGGAAUAUGCCACAAGUAAAGCAACAGGCAUGGAGCAGCAGGAGAUCGCAGAGCAAAACCUGGAUCAGGUGCAGUCGAGUCCCUUGAUGUGCACACCCAGUCGCAAAGCAGGAGUUCGAAUAUUUCAGAAGGUCUAUAAUGUGUGCAGUGCUAAAACGUCGACCCCAUCAGCGGCGUCCAACGAUCCGCUCUGUGAACCGGAAACAGGAAAACGGAGGAGGAAGGCACCGGGGGACUGGUGGGCAGUUUCCAAGUCUGACGAUGAUCUGGAAAGGAUCUCCUCUAAGCCUCAUCCGCUUUGUCCCAAAGAGCCAAAACCUUGUAAGGCAAAUAAACAAUCUAAGCGUAGCAAGCCUGCUGAACCUGCUGUUCUCCAAAACGGAAAUGUGGCAACCCCGGUAAAAGCAGCAGGGGGAGCUCUGGAGCCUCUGCGGUCAUUUCUGUCCCCUCCAAAGAGUGUCAGACGCUCUCUAAAGGACGCCUUCCCUGCAGCUGCAGAGCCUCGACACGAUGUCUCCUCACAUUCUGCUGAGGAAUGCUUUCCUUCUGACUUCACAGCAGGCAACACAUUUGAUAAAGACGUAAUGAGCGAAGAGGUGGGUAAAAGCACAGCCACGAGGUCCAACCACAAACCUCAACCAAACCCGAAACGCCAGUCAGACACGUUAAAAGCUUUACAAAGUGGACCCUCCUCCAUGAUUGCGAUGGAGCAGUACGAGGAUAAUGACAACAUGAGUUUGAAGUCAUCCCAUCUGCGGCCGGCGCUCUGUGUGUCGGAUCUUUGUGCUCCUCCUCUCAGACCGCUCGCCUUACAUCCAAAGGAUAAGGCCAACCUCAAUGAAUGGCUCCAGGCGCUCUGGUCCACCACGUCUGACAAUGUUGCUGCAGUCACUGCGGAGCACUUUGAGUGGUUUUCCUACCAGGACCGAGCGCUUGGCUUCCAGGUGGAUCUCAACAACGGCUCCAUCUGUUCUGGAAAGAUCCUGCUGGGCUCUCACAUGAAGAAGCCCCUCUGGGUGGAUCACAGUGCGACCACCGUUUUCAACGUAUUAACGAGUACAGUGAGGGUUAACGUCAACUCCACCGUGUUCCGCCUCAGACCCGGACAAAGCUUCAUUGUCGAGUGUGGGCAAGCCUACAGCCUCCAGAACCUGAACUCAGAGCCAGCUGUUCUGUACUUUACCCGGAUCGUAGCAGAAAGUUCGGACUGAAACUGUAAACUAGAUUUUUGUAUAAAAGCCCAGAAAACCUCAAUGCAUAAUUUCACUAGUUUUUAUUUCAAAUAUGAAUUGUGAAUACUUUAGUAUUUGUAAUUUUUAUCCAGCUUAGUAAAUCUGUCUUGUGCUUCAAUUUAUGCAAUUCUGUAAAAAAAAAAAAGUGAAGAAAAAAACUUGUAAAUAAGUUUCUGCUUUUGAAGAACUUUUUUUUGUAUUUAUUUGUCCAUUUUUAACAUUUUAAGUUGGAAAAAAACACAAUCUGGUCUGCAGUUAAACCAGAUUUAAUUUGGUUAGAACAACAAUAUUUUUAUCAUUGCUAUUUGUUUUUUUUUGGUUGGAUGUUAAAAUUUGUGGGAGAAAUUGUUUCGCCAGCAUAAAUUAAGUUUUGGAUAAAGUAAAAGUACAAACAUUUUAGCAGCCAUACCAAAAUGUAAAAAAAGGGCUGAAAAAGUUGUAAAAUAAAUGUUUCUUUAUUAAUGAA